CAACAAAUAACUUGGACUUUGUUGACUUGGUUAUCCAAUGAGGACCUACUGCCACCUGAGGAAGGUCUGGAGCCUGGACCCCAGCAACUGGGAAAUCAGAAACUUUACUGACUUCACAUCUGUCAGUCAACAUCCCAUCACAGUGAAGUAACAUUUUGGAAGCCCAACUAAGGAGCAAGCACAACUUGUACACUGUAGAAGUGCGACUUGUACCUUGUACCAGAUGGGUAACCAGGCCCAUGGUGCAUGAAGAAGAGAGGACUGUGAUGUCCUGGAUCAGAGCCAUAUGGGGUAGACAAGCAGAUCUCAGAUGGAGUCUAGUAUUUAGGGACUCACUCUCUGAGAUAUUUUCGCCUUGGUGUUUCGGAUCCUGGCUAUGGGGUCCCUGAAUUUAUCUCCGUUGGGUAUGUGGACUCACACCCUAUCACCACAUAUGACAGUGUCACUCGGCAGAAGGAGCCUCAGGCCCUAUGGAUGGCAGAGAACCUGGCACCAGAUCACUGGGAGAGGUACACUCAGCUGCUGAGGGGCUGGGAGCAGACAUUCAAAGUGGAGCUGAGACACCUGCAGAGGCACUACAACCACUCAGGGCUUCACAUUUACCAGAGAAUGAUUGGCUGUGAGUUGCUGGAGGAUGGCAGUGCUACAGGGUUUCUCCAGUAUGCAUAUGAUGGACAGGAUUUCAUCAUCUUCAAUAAAGACACACUCUCCUGGGUGGCUGUAGAUAGCGUGGCUCACAUCACCAAGCGGGCAUGGGAGGCCAAUCAUCAUGAGCUACAAUAUCAAAAGAACUGGCUGGAAGAAGAAUGCAUUGCCUGGCUAAAGAGGUUCUUGGAGUAUGGAAAAGAUACCCUACAGAGAACAGAGCCCCCACUGGUCAGAAUAAAUCGCAAAGAAGCUUUUCCAGGGAUUACAACUCUCUUCUGCAGAGCUCAUGGCUUCUACCCCCCAGAAAUCUCCAUGACAUGGAUGAAAAAUGGAGAAGAAAUUAUCCAAGAAGUGGAUUAUGGAGACAUUCUUCCCAAUGGGGAUGGAACUUAUCAGACAUGGGUGUCAGUUGAGCUGGAUCCUCAGAGCAGCGACAUUUACUCCUGUCACGUAGAGCACUGUGGCGUCCACACAGUUCUUCAGACCCCCCAGGAGUUGGAAACCAUCCUUCUUGCAAUGAAAGCUGUCUUUGGGUCCAUCGUCCUCAUUAUUAUCCUGUGUGGCGUUGGUGUUCUAGCCUGGAGAAGAAGGCCCCGAGAACAAAAUGGAGUCAUCUACCAUCUUACACCAGAUCGAUGAUUGCUGUUCACCUUCCUAGUCACCAAGCUCUCUGCCCCACAGGCCCUCAAGCCCAUUGCUGGAAGUUCUCGACCACACUCACACACACUUGGGUGUUACAGGAUUGAGUGUUUAUGUCAGAAAGAUAGGAACCAUGAUUUUUUCUUUGUUCUUUGGCUCCAAAAGAAGUAUCAGCUUUCAGGCUCUUUUGAUGGACUCCUUUAUCACAUUUGACUUUAAGUACAGUUUGUGUCAUGACACAACACUUCCCUACUUCCUAUUUCUCCAUGGUGAUUUGUGGGUAGAUUAGAGAAUCUCAGAGCUGGAAGGCACUUUCUCAUCCAGACAGGAAAUGUCUUUACAAUGUCAUAGACUCAAGCACCCAGCUUCUGCUUUGACACCGUGUUCAGAACACCUCAAUAUACGACAAUAGCCUUUCUUGUUCAUCUUCUUUCAUGAAAAUGUUUUUUAUGCAGGAGCUUUGAAUAUCAUAGGCACCAGGACCCUACAGGUAGGGCUGGAUCACCCUGUGAGAGCAGCCAACAAGUUUUACAACAGCCUAUGAAUACCUGAUUCUUUCACUCAGACCCUGGCCUGAUAGAAAGCACAAGUGCCCUGUUCUUUUAUGAUGACUUUGCCCCAGUAGGCUUGGAAUCUUGGAAGUAUGCCUGUUUGGAUCUAUGGAGAUGGUUUCAUUCACCCUUUCUGUUUUUGUGGGAAAUUAAGAACAAUAAUAAUCAGACAGAUUAUCACCUUCAGUGGAACUAUAGAGAUGUACAUCCAAUUGUGAUGUUUGAAUGGAAAAGUGACAGUAUGAUUGUGUCUCAAAAGAAAGUUCAAGUUUGGGUGGAGGCAAGAGGGUUGCUGGGGACUGAAUCCAGGACUUUGCACAUGCUAGACAAGUGCUCUACCGCUGAGCUAAAUCCCCAACCACAGAAGGUUCAAUUCUAAUUUCUGUCUUUCCUAUCCUGGGUUAUUGCAGCUGGGCCUGAUACAACUUCAUCCAUAGGCUUUUUCUUUAUACGUGUGCACUGAAAAUAAAUAAAAGCUCCUGUGUGAGAAUUAACGUCCCAUGUCUCUUCCUUACUCUUCCCAGUCCCCAGAAGUCCUCAGUUUAUUUCCCUUUCCUGCUGUGUGUAGCUACUUGACUUAGAGUCAUCAGUCACUCAGUCAUCUGUCUGCUUCCCUGCCCUGUGUGACUGCACACAUGAGCCCUGACACUAUUACUUCACUGGCCCCAACUCUGACUACUGGCUU